GUGCGGCUGAGCGCGGCAGUGGGGCCGCACAGGGGCAGCCCUUCGCCGGAAAACUCCGCUCCGUCCCCCGCCUCCUCUUCCUCCUCUUUCCUCCUCCUCCUCCUCGGAGGAGCGAUGCGAUGCUUCCCCGGACGGCGGGCGGCGAUGGAGCGGAGCCGUAGCGCGGCGACUCGGAGCGGAGCAGCCCCUCGCUGAGCGGCGAGGAGGAGGAGGAGGAAGGCCGAGAGCGAGAGCGGGGCCGCGGCCAUGGAGGAGUGGCGGCAGUGCGGGCGGUGGUUGAUCGACUGCAAAGUUUUGCCCCCCAACCACCGCGUGGUUUGGCCCUCGGCGGUGGUCUUCGACCUGGCGCAGGCGCUGCGGGACGGGGUGCUGCUGUGCCAACUGCUGCACAACCUUUCUCCCGGCUCCAUCGAUCUUAAGGACAUCAACUUCAGGCCCCAGAUGUCCCAGUUCCUCUGCUUGAAGAACAUCCGAACCUUCCUAAAAGUGUGUCACGACAAGUUUGGGUUAAGAAACAGCGAUCUGUUCGACCCCUUCGACCUGUUUGAUGUGCGGGACUUCGGCAAGGUGAUCUCUGCAGUAUCCAGGCUCUCCUUCCACAGUAUUGCUCAAACCAAAGGAAUUAGGCCAUUCCCUUCAGAGGAGACCACGGAGAAUGAUGAUGAUGUGUACCGGAGCCUGGAGGAGCUGGCUGAUGAGCACGACCUGGGGGAGGAUAUUUAUGACUGCGUGCCCUGUGAAGAUGAAGGCGAUGAUAUCUACGAAGAUAUCAUCAGGGUGGAAGUUCAGCAGCCCAUGAAAAUGGGCAUGACAGAAGAUGACAAAAGGAAUUGCUGUUUGCUGGAAAUCCAAGAGACGGAGGCCAAAUACUACAAAACACUCGAAGACAUCGAGAAGAAUUACAUGAACCCACUGAAGCUGGUACUGACCCCACAAGACAUGGAAGCUAUCUUCAUCAAUUUGGAGGACCUAAUUAAAGUGCAUUUCAAUUUCCUGCGAGCCAUCGAUGUCUCUAUGAUGUCUGGAGGAAGCAGCCUGGCUAAAGUAUUUCUGGAAUUCAAAGAGAGGCUGCUGAUUUAUGGCAAGUACUGCAGCCACAUGGAGUACGCCCAGAACACACUCAACCACCUCAUCGCCAACCGGGAUGACGUGAGGCAGAAGGUGGAGGAAUGCACGCUGAAGGUUCAGGAUGGGAAAUUUAAGCUGCAGGAUCUGCUGGUGGUUCCCAUGCAGAGAGUUCUGAAAUACCACCUCCUGUUAAAAGAGCUGCUCAGCCACUCAUCAGACCGGCCUGAGAAGCAGCAGCUGAAGGAGGCUCUGGAAGCAAUGCAGGACUUGGCCAUGUACAUAAACGAAGUAAAGAGAGACAAAGAGACAUUGAAAAAGAUCAGCGAAUUUCAGAGCUCUAUAGAAAAUCUGCAAGUGAAGCUGGAGGAGUUUGGGAGGCCGAAGAUAGAUGGUGAGCUGAAGGUCCGCUCCAUCGUGAACCACACCAAGCAGGACAGGUAUUUAUUUUUAUUUGAUAAAGUGGUGAUUGUCUGCAAAAGGAAAGGAUACAAUUAUGAGCUGAAAGAAAUUAUCGAGCUGCUCUUCCACAAGAUGACCGAUGACCCUAUGAACAACAAGGACAUUAAGAAGUGGUCGUAUGGCUUCUACCUGAUCCACCUUCAGGGAAAGCAGGGCUUCCAGUUCUUCUGCAAGACGGAGGAGAUGAAGAGGAAGUGGAUGGAGCAGUUUGAAAUGGCAAUGUCCAACAUAAAGCCAGAAAAAGCCAAUGCAAACCACCACAGCUUCCAGAUGUACACAUUUGAAAAGACCACCAACUGCAAAGCAUGCAAGAUGUUCCUAAGAGGAACGUUCUACCAGGGCUAUCUCUGCCCAAAAUGUGGAGCUGGUGCUCACAAGGAGUGCCUGGAAAUCAUUCCUCCCUGCAAGAUGGGCUCUUCAGCAGACCAGGAUUUGCUGAGUGCUGGACCUGGUCCUAAAAUGGUUGCAGUGCAGAGCUACCACGGGAACCCCGCGCCGCCUGGCAAGCCAGUGCUGACGUUCCAAAUUGGAGAUGUGAUCGAGCUGCUGAGGGGAGACCCCGACUCGCCUUGGUGGGAGGGGCGGCUGCUGCAGACCAAGAAGUCAGGUUACUUCCCCAGCUCGUCUGUAAAGCCCUGCCCCGUGGAUGCCAGGCCUCCCAACAGUCGUCCACCGUCACGGGAGAUCGACUACACGGUGUACCCAUGGUUUGCAGGGAACAUGGAGCGGCAGCAGACGGACAACCUGCUGAAGGCCCACGUCAGCGGCACCUACCUGAUCCGUGAGCGGCCAGCCGAGGCUGAGCGCUUUGCCAUCAGCAUCAAGUUCAAUGAAGAAGUGAAGCACAUCAAGGUGGUGGAGAAGGACAACUGGAUCCACAUCACGGAAGCCAAGAAGUUUGAAAGCUUGUUGGAGUUGGUGGAAUACUACCAGAACCAUUCGCUGAAGGAGAGUUUCAAGCAGCUGGACACGACGCUCAAGUACCCGUACAAGUCACGGGAACGCUCUACCUCCAGGACCUUCACCCGCUCUCCAGUGUUCACCCCACGGGUCAUAGGGACGGCAGUGGCACGCUACAACUUUGCAGCACGGGACAUGCGGGAGCUGUCGCUGCGGGAGGGCGACGUGGUGAAGAUCUACAGCAGGAUCGGCGGCGACCAGGGCUGGUGGAAGGGGGAAACCAACGGGAGGGUCGGCUGGUUUCCCUCGACGUACGUGGAAGAAGAGGGGGUGCAAUGAUGCUGGGGAUGCCUCAUGGAAAGUCAUCGAGUGCCCGGAGCGAUCCGCUGCAGACCACACGCUGCUCCCCCAGCAGCCCGGCCCCACGCCUGCCAGCACUGCCGGGAGCACCACUGCUCUCCCCAGACUCUUUAGUAAAUCCAUUCCUCUGUACAGCAUGUGUGUGUGCGUCGGGAUGCCUCCAGCCCCGGCCCUGUUCUGUCUGUAGAAGAUUCGUGGUCUGUCGGAUGACGUUUGUGCGGCGGCUGCUCCUGAGAGAGCCUCGCUCCCCUGAAUGGACAGAGCGGAGGGACUCUGCGUGGUGCCCCCCAGGGGGGUAUCCGGACCUUAUUUUUUCCUAGAAGUGUUUUCAAAUGGUGUGGCUGAAAGCCUGGGCUGUGCCCGGGGGUUCAGAGGUGAGCAUGCAGGGCUCGGGAUAGGGACCGUGGCUGCAUCAUGUCGGGAUGCACCUUGGGACCAGGGAUGGAGCUGCUCAUCCCUGAGGGAUGACAGCUGUGAGCUGGGGAGCACAGCUGGACCACGGACACGGGAGAGAAAAAAGCCCCGUGGGCAUCCCGAGCCCCUUUCCUCACUUCCCCCCCCAGACCCCACUGCCGUGCUGGGGGUGCAUGGGGCAGCCCAGGACACUGGGUGAGCUGCUGGUGUUGCAGGGCUGGAGGUGUGCCUUGCCACGUGUGAGUUUUGGAGGUCACAGGGGCACAGGUCCCGGCGGAGGAGCAGAUGGCAGAAUGGAUUGAGCACCUCAGCGAGGUCCAUUUUUCUGCAGCCAUACGUGUCCCACCUCACUGAGCUCAGUGGGGCGAACCCACAUGAGUAAGGGCUAUGGUAUGAAGUCCUGAUUUAUCUCAAGACAUUGUGAAAGCAUCUCUUCUUCUCCAGCUGUGUGCACUUUUGGGGGCCAAGAGCAUUGCCCCCUCUUCUUCCCACAGGCUGUUACCGCUGCUGCUGUCAAAGAAAGGUCCGUCUGUCUGUGCAUUGCCACUUUGUCCUGAGUUCCAUCCAUCCCAGUCUGUUCUUCCCACACUGCAGCCUGUAACGCAUAGGCAGAGCUGCUGUUUGGAGAGCUGGGCUGGCAUCUUCUGCUGGGUGCUGCCUUUGCCACCCAGCUCCAGAAUUUCCUUCCAAAGUGCUGUUUUGAACAAAUACAUGUGUGCGUCUGUGUGUGUUUGUAGCGAGGAAUGACUUUCCUAUCUCUGAGCCUCGAGAAAUGCCCUCCUGUCUCUGUGCAUAAGUGGCAUUUGGAGCUGCUGCUGUGCCCAAAGCUGUCCCUGGCACGAUGUAAAAGCAGCCCUGGGAGACACCAGCACCGUGCAGUGCUGUGUCCCAGCCUUGCUGUCAGCAGAGCUUGAGGGAUUACAUGGGAGAGCCUGGGGAUCCCAUUGGAAAGGGCAGUGUGUUCACUUGGGAACACGGCUGUGUUGCUCAGUGAGAAGCCCAGGGCCAGAUCAGUGUGCUGCCCAGGGCUCUGGAUAGGGCUGGGAAUGCGUUGGGUUCCUUGGGCUCACCACAGCAGCGCCCAGCAGGGUGAGGGGGCACAGUGCAGGGCUCGGGGCUUUAGCAAGGUACUGUUUGGUGCUAACUUCUUCCAGGCCAGCUAUUGGUGCUUAGUAUGGGAUGUGUGCAAGGGGCCCUGUUUGCUAAAGGAGCUGAAUGGUUCAUGCUAUGCAAGGGAAAAAAUUGGGCUGCAGCAAAUGAGGAGCAGGCAGUGCCCUGCUGCAGCGUGAAGGGCCACGCUCAGAUUUCCCCAAUUUUGGUGUGCCUGAGAGCACAUCUAAGGUGGGCGAGACACACACAGACAAGAGAACAACUGAUGGCCGAAGGUCUGCCUCAGAUGCUAUUAAAGCCCUAUGCAACCCCUCCCCUCCCAUCUGGGAUGGAUUCCCUGUGCCUGCACUGGGUGCAUCCCCCUCAGAAAGGCACGGUGUUCCCCCUGCAGAAGGUGCGUGUGUGACAUCUCCUGCACAGCCCCCCAGGUCCAACCCCCCCAGCAAGGUCUCCCUCUCGUGUUUACUGUUGUAAGAAACUUGUUUAAAAAAAAAAAGAAAAAAGAAAAAAAAGAAGAAAAAAAAAAGAUGUUUUCGUUUGUAAGUAAUUAUUCAGCCAUUUGCCACGAUAUAUAUCUGUGAAUAAGAAGGAAAAUGUGUUUGUUUGGUUGGUUUUUUUUUAUGAUGGCGAGAAAAUUGUAUAUAUAUUUUAGUUCGUCGCGGACGUUCAGAAUUGCAAUGGGAUACGUUGGAAAAUAAUAUGUAAAUUCCUUGGGUUUUUCCUUUGCACUGCACUAACGGGGGUCAAACGGGCUCGGGUGGAGGGGUCCAAAGGUAAAACUGUUUGUUUAUGGGAUAGGUUCUAGCUGGCAAUUUGGAAAUCAUUUGGAGUAGCUUGUAAUGCUGGAAUAGAAUCUUUAGCUGCUACUUAGAAACCCUUUUGCAUGUGGUUCUUCCAGACCUUUUUAAGUUACAAUACAUCCAAGUAAAUCCCACGAUGAAAAAAAAAAACCAAGAAAAAUAAAGUGUAAUUUUGCUGAUA